CAGACUCCAAAGUGUGUCGCGUCUUUAGGGCAACGGUGGACUACCGCUGACUUCCCAGGUUUCUGGUUUCAUUCAGACACAAUUGGAUUGUGUGAAAACCAUGAAGAUGUCUCCGCCAGACCGGAGGAAAUACAUGCGUGAUCUGACGGUCGAGAUCGGCAUAAGAGUGCUGCUCUUUGGAGUUUUUGUGUUCACAGAGUUCCUGGAGCCCUUUGAGAGAGUCAUCCAGCUUGAAGAACUGUGGCUCUAUAAGAAUCCACUGGUGGAAUCAGAUCACAUCCCCAAGAGAGUCAUGUUCACAAUUUCAUUCCUCACCCCAUUGGCUGUGAUAUUUGUGGUGAAGAUUAUACAGAGGACAGACAAGACAGAAAUUAAAGAGGCUUGUUUAGCGGUAUCUCUUGCUCUAGCUUUGAAUGGUGUCUUCACAAAUACCAUCAAGUUGAUAGUUGGCAGGCCCAGGCCAGACUAUUUCCACCGCUGUUUCCCUGACGGUCAGAUGAAUGUUAAGAUGUUGUGCACUGGAGAGCCAGACCUGGUGUCUGAAGGGCGGAAAAGUUUUCCCAGCAGCCAUUCCUCCUUUGCUUUCUCUGGUCUGGGCUUUACCUCAUUCUACUUGGCGGGCAAGCUGCAGUGCUUCACAGACAGUGGACGUGGGCGCAGUUGGCGUCUAUGUGCCGUGGUUCUGCCUCUGUAUAGUGCCAUGAUGAUCGCCCUGUCCCGCACCUGCGACUACAAACAUCACUGGCAAGAUGCAUUUGUUGGUGGAGUGAUCGGCCUGCUCUUCGCCUACAUCUGUUAUCGGCAGCACUACCCGCCGUUCCUGCACAUAGACUGUCAUCUGCCUUAUGCCAGCCUGACUGCAGCUGCUGCUCAGAACAUCCCCCCCGCCCAGGAUCAACUUCAGCCCACUGACAAUGCCACCAGCCUGCCCCUGGAGGGCAUGACAGAGGGUCCCGUAUGACUAAUAGAGACUACCAGAGCCUCACCACCCCCUGACACCCACCCACACCACUGUAGUAUUAACCACACUUGACUGACACUUUGACAUUCCAGUGAGUUGCACCACUCCAUUUCCCUUUGUUUUCUUUUUUACCUCCUGGAAAAACUGUGCUGGAGCCCUGUUCAUUAUGCACCAAUUGGUUUUACAGAAUGAGUUACUGUGAGGGAAAUUCACUAAUGUUAGAUCUUCUUGUAUUUGGCUGACCAGAUAUCGGGUGGCUCUCCAAUGUAUCAGAGUUCUUCUAAUACAUAAAGAAGAGUAAA